UGUUUGGAUAAAAUGCGCUGGGAGCGUUCGAGGCUCCGCGGCCACUCACAUCUGGCCCGGGUUUGCUCUUUACGCGUCUGUCCCGCUUUCUUCGGUUCUUCCUCUACUUUCGAGAAACCGCGUUUCCGCUUCUGGCCAAAGAGACCUUGUAGCCGAGGAGAUCCAGGUGCCGGGGAGCGGCCGGCCGUCCUGCACCCCGACAACUUUCUGCGCCCUCUUCCCGGAGGACUUUUUCCUUCCUGCCUGCUCUCUCCUUCGACAAGUCUGGUCUUCCCCCGACCUGGCUGGGAGGGGGCUCCGCCGCUGGGAGAUGCUCUAAGAGAGGCCGCGGGCAGGACGCGGGCGCCCCGCUCGCUCCCGGACGCUGGUGGCUGGAGCAUUUUACGAACAUCUUUCCACGCCAGUGAACAUUCGUCUGUUUACAGAGCAGGGCUCAGCGGGAAGAUGGGCCGCCGUGGGCUGGGACUCGCGCUGGCGUGCUGCCUGCUGCUGGCCUUCGCCUGUGGCCCGGUGCUGGGCCACGUGCCCCGUGGGCGGCAGGAACAGCAAGAGCAGGAGGGGACCAGGGAGCCACCGCUGGACCACACUGAGAGGGAUGAAGAAAAGCAUGAAAAAUACAGCUCCAGGCAGGAAGAGGAGCCUCCCGCAUCCCGGUGCUUUCGCUGCUGUGACCCUGGUACUCCCAUGUACCAGGCCAUCCCGGUGCCACAGAUCAACAUCACCAUCCUGAAAGGUGAGAAGGGCGACCGAGGAGAUCGGGGCGUGCAAGGCAAAUAUGGCAAAACAGGCUCCGUGGGCGCCAGGGGCCACACGGGACCCAAAGGGCAGAAAGGGUCCAUGGGGGCCCCCGGGGACCGGUGCAAGAACCACUACGCUGCCUUUUCGGUGGGCCGGAAGAAGCCCCUGCACAGCAACGACUACUACCAGACGGUGAUUUUCGACACGGAGUUCGUGAACCUCUACGGCCACUUCAACAUGUUCACGGGAAAAUUCUACUGCUAUGUGCCCGGCAUCUACUUCUUCAGCCUCAAUGUGCAUACCUGGAACCAGAAGGAGACGUACCUGCACAUCAUGAAGAACGGGGAGGAGGCGGUGAUCCUGUACGCCCAGGUGAGCGACCGCAGCAUCAUGCAGAGCCAGAGCCUGAUGCUGGAGCUGCAGGACCAAGACGAGGUGUGGGUGCGCCUCUUCAAGGGUGAGCGCGAGAACGCCAUCUUCAGCGAUGAGUUUGACACCUACAUCACCUUCAGUGGCUACCUGGUCAAGCCCGCCACUGAGCCCUAGCCGCCCCGCAGGCCUCCUGCUCCAUCGCCACAGGCUAACCUCCCUUGUCUCCGCGCCCCGCCCUGCUCCGCCAGACCCCCUCCCCCACCCGGGUUUCCCCGGCCCACACCUCCCCAGCUCUGGCAUUCGACGUGACGCCCCUCGCGGGAGCGGGAAGCAACAUGGGCUGUGUGGUCCCAGGCCUUGCCGUGUCCGCACAUGAAAUCACCAGGCGGGUGCCCGCGAGAGCUCCCCUCUGUGUGCACGUCCUUGAGCGACCCCUGCACGCGUGCCACGACGCGCCAGGGUGUCCCGGAGUGAGCCACCCUUGCUCCCAUUGCUGGGAAUAAUUAAGCCAAUUCUAAAGGUUGUGAAAGGAGCAAAGUAAACCAUGGAAAAGAAAGGGAGGCAUUAUUAUUUUUGCCUUUCUGCCAGCCUCGCUGGCUCCAGGCAGGAGAGCUGUCUCCCCUCGAGGCUGCCGGAGACUUCCUGUAAGAGAAGAUCUAAAGUGGAUGCCAAGGGUGACAGGGGAAGCGGGUGGGGGGGCGUGGGGACCGGAAAACCACAUCUGGCUUAAGAUUUUAGGCCACGUAGGAACCUUCUUGGGGGACAGCUGGACUGACGUCCACAUCCGUGGACGUUCCUGUGGCCUUGCCCGAGGGCUCAGCUGGUCUUUCUGAGCCACAACGGCGAGGGGGUUCGAACUGGGUGGCAAGGGUCAGCUCCUCAGAGGGACAGCCAAGCCCUCGGCCGUGGUCUCUGCGUUGGUGAGCAGCCUGCUCGCCGGAACCCGCAGGCUCCUGGCAGCCAAGCUCAGUACAACCCAGCAGAGCCGUGCAUCCUGGUAUGGCUCUGCCCACUCCCCCACCCCACCCUCGCGUCCUGGACGGGGCCCCCAUGCCUCUCACACGGGCAUUGGCUUUCUGUCCCUCCUCUCCAACGGGUCAGCUGUGGAAGGAAGCAGGGCCUUUGAUUUUGCAGCAGCUGUCGUGGUUACACACCUUCUUCAAUAGACCCUCCUCACCCACCGUCUCAAAGUCCUGCUUCCCAGAGAGUUGACCAUUCAGCGCCCCAGCACCCUCCCCCGGGGCCUCUUUGACCAGCAUCCUAAGACCAAUGCAGGAGGGGGCUUUCCUGGGCCCCAGAGCAGGGGAGAGCUGGAAGGAACCGGAAAGCUCCCCCCUGCCUGUCUCAGGAGCUCCCGCAUGGCUCAGCGUCUGAGAGGGGAGAGAGGGCACGUCCCAACCCCCGGCGUCAGAACCUCCGCUCUGAGGGGGGUUGGGGGAUGCCUGGAGCCGGGCUCUGCCUGGACUGUGCUCUGGCCCGUGGCCGACUUUGGCCCGGCAGCCCUUCCCCACUUCUCUACAUCAACGCCCAGGGCCAGGGUCACCCUGCCUGCUUGGGCCCUAAGCCCCUACAGGAGCCUUCCUUCCCCCUGCCUGCCUGCUAAGCCCUGAUCUUGACCCACCCCUCUGCCCUCCCUGAGCCUGGCCAUUGGGUCUGGGGUCUGCACAUCCUUCCCUCCGAAGGACCUCUGCUGGUCAGACUUUAAAAACUGUGUAUGUGGGUGAGCUGGGGAGCAGGGCGCCCGCCUCCUGCUUUGUGCUGCCCCAGUGCUCUUCCAGAAAACAUUAAACUUGGAAUUGUGUGUUUCAGCAUCGUGGCCUCCUCAGUUUGGGUGUUGAACCAAAUCCUCCUCCAUUCUAUCCACCCCACCCUGCCGCCGGAACCCCGCCUACUGCCUGUUGGAGGCCUGGGGGCCCUCAGCUUUGUUCCUGGGGACAUUGGUACCCAGCAGGCCCAGGCUGGGCCUUGAACUGCCUCAUUCGUCACAGGAAUGCAUUUCACAGUUGGACAGUUGGCCCCUUUGGACGUCCUGUAGGGGAGGAGCCUUCCUUGCUCCUUCCGGCUUCCGAUGGCCCCAGGUGUUCCAUGGCUUGUGGCUGCCUUACUCUAAUCCCUGCCUAUCUCUGUCUUCAUGUGGCCUUCUUUCCUGGAUCUCUUAAAUCUCCCCCUCCCUUCUUUCCCAGUUGUUGGAAUUAGGGCCCAUCCUAAAUCCAGGAUGAUCUCCUCUCAGGAUCCUUGACUGUUUUACAUCUGCAAAGACCCUAUUUCCAAAUAAGGUCACAUUCACAGUUAGCAGUGGUCAGGACCCGGACCAAUCUUUUGGGCCAUGGACGGACACCAUUCAACCCACUACAGCAGCUUGCAGGCUUGAAUACACCCACCAACAGCCCCCCUUUAUGACCAAGUGGUGAAGAGCAGAUGUUUCUUCUCCUUUCCAUCGUUUGCCAACUGGGUUAGUGGCCAGGGCCCUUAUCAGACUGCCAGCAGGCAGUGCAGAAGCUGCCUUGGUCCCCUCGGUGCCAGCAGGCUGGCAAACAGCUGCUGUCCUCCCUUUGCCUGGUUCUGGGGUGAGCCAGUGCGGCCGUGCUCGGCCUUGGGCUGGGGCCAGACCGGAGCAGGCGGACACUGCAGUCCUGCUCCCUGCAGGACAAAGAUUGGGCCUCACCAUCAUGCAGCUGAGGCCACCGGGCAGAGGAUGCAGCUGGGAACAGGGGCUGAGUGCAUUUCCCAAAGGUGAAUGGAAAGAAUGAAUCAGCUUCAUCCAGGUGCCCACUGCGCGCCCUCUCUCCAGGGACAGUCUCGUGGCGUGGAGCGUGUAUCACCUGUCCCAUUGCCGGCCAAGCCAGCAUGCAAGAGGAGGCAGCCUUUGCUCUGGAGCCCACCCCGUCCCCUUUCAGUGUCCCUCACUCUUUAAGCUCUUCCACACCCAAUCUUCCACUCCCUUCCUGCUGAUAUGUCCACUCUGCUCUUUCUUGCUCCUGCUUUGUGCUAGCCCAGGUGCUAGGUGCUGGGGGCACGAUGACAAAUAAGACAUGGUACUUGCCAUGUCUAGAGGACUUUUCUAGGACUUUAACUGCAGUGCGACAUGGAUGCCACCUUCUCAGAAGAACAGCACGCGUGGCCCCUAGCAGGUCUGCUCUA